UCACGCAUCACACACAAAACAUACUUCAUUACAAUACCUCGCGUAUUUCGGUGCGGCUUGUAUACAAUCCAAAAAUUUAACAUUUUUACUUUAAAAUGAAAUUAUCAAUAGUGCUGUGUGUGUUUCUCCUCUGUGUGGGGGUGUCCCUAGCCAGUGACCUCAUGGUAGGCACCAGCUAUAACAACCGCCUGGUGUAUCAACAGAAGGCGGAGUACAUGGCAUUCCCCUUCAAGAAGAGGGUGAAGACAGUGUUCUAUUCGGACCCGACACAGCAGAUUAUUAAGGGCGUGAUAGCUCGAGACCUGGACCACACGGAGGCGGUGGCCACGGUGAUCGCGGGCGGCGUGGGGACGCCCUACGUCAACAUACGGCUCAAGAGCCAGCGCGGCACCGCACUCAACUACCAGAUUGAAAUAUACGCCUAGAUGUGGAAAGAGGGAUGUUUUGUGUUGAAGUAAAUGAUUUGUGCGCU